AUGGAUUGGCUUUCUGUUUAUCACGUUGUCCUUGAUUGUAAUACUAAGACUGUGACUUUAGCAAUGCCUGGUGUUCCGAGGGUUGAGUGGAAGAGUGUUAGUUGUUCUUAUCCUAGCAAGGUUAUCUCUUUUAUCCGUGCUCAGAGAUUGGUGGAGAGGGGGUGUUUGUCUUACUUAGCGUUUAUUCGGGAUACUAGUGUUGAACCACCUCCCAUGGACGACUCUGUUCCCGUGGUUCAGGAGUUUCCCGAUGUAUUUCCUUCUGACUUUCCAGGUGUUCCUCCCGAUAGGGAUAUCGAUUUUGCUAUUGAUUUGGAGCCGGGCACUAAACCUAUUUCUAUCCCUCCAUGCCGCUACUAUCGACGAUUUGUUCAGAGUUUCUCUACUAUUGCAGCUCCAUUAACUAGAUUGACUCGACAGGAUGUGCGUUUUCAGUGGUCUGAUGAGUAUCUCAGAGGAGAGUGA